AUGUUGAAUUUUAUUGGAAUUAAUUUUUUUAUGGGUUAUCAUAAAUUACCUAGCUGGAAAAACUAUUGGUCAACUUGUCCAGAUCUUGGUGUUAAUUUAAUAUCUAAUACAAUGCCACGAAAUAGGUUUGAUCUAAUAUUAUCAAAUUUACAUGUCCAGGACAACACUUUAAUUCCUCCGAAUAAUACAGACGAACUUUUUAAACUUAAUCCAUUGAUUGAUUAUUGUACUGAAAAAUUUUCAAAAUCAUAUUAUGACACGAGGGAAUUAUCAAUAGACUCGUCUAUGAUAGUUUUUAAGGGAAGAAGUAGUAUGAAACAAUACAACCCCAUGAAGCCGAUAAAGCGAGGCUAUAAAAUAUGGUGUAUGUCUGAUCAGAAUGGUUAUAUAAAAAAUUUUAAAAUAUACCAAGGUAAGGAUGAACAAGUGCCUGACGAAUUGAAACAUUUUGGGCUUGGAGAAAGAAUCGUACUGCAACUGUCUAAAAAAAAACUUAAACUCGAAGGUUGUUUAGCUUAUGGCACUAUUCGACCAAAUCGUAAAGGUUUACCAAAAUUGGCUGAUGAUACAAAAUAUAAAAGGGGAACUUAUGACUACCACAUAUCUGAUUUAGGUAUUAGCGUCUUUAAGUGGAAAGACACAAAAACUGUUCAUUUUUCAUCAAAUUAUCAUGGAUCUGAGGUAACAAUAGUUUUACGUAAAAACAAAACUGGGGAAAAAAAUAAUGUCACAUGUCCGCAAGUUGUCAAAGACUACAAUCGUUUUAUGGGUGGCGUAGAUCACGCAGAUCAAUUGCGCACGUCGUAUGGAGAACGGCAUGGAAAAAUACCACUUUUGGUAUUUCAGCGUCAAGUUGUACAAAGCCUUUUAUCUGAAAAAGAAGUUAUGACUCCGUCUCGAGCACAUUUAUUUCAAAAACGUAUGAAUACAGAAAACACUAAAGUACCGAAAAAAAGAAGAGGAAAACAGCUAUCAGUUUCUAAAGAAGUCAGGUUGCAUAAUCGAGGAAUUCAUUGGCCAAAAUUCACUAAAAGUCGUGGUCGAUGUGAAUUAUGUUCAUUUAAAUAUCAACUACAAUCAAAACCGUUCUCAAAAUGUUUAACGUGUAACGUUUUCUUAUGUUGUAAUGACAAGAAAAAUUGUUUUGCUGAAUACCAUGACAUAAACUGUAAUGAAUAA